GAAUCCACCGAAUGAGUCAAAAUUUUCACACUCAAUAAACGCCUGAGCAACCCAGCCAAAUUGCUUGCAAUCGAAGGUAACCCUCUGUUUCUUCACUUUCAAUCAACUAAUACUUAUCUUCUUCCUUCCCCCCUCUCUCUCUCUCUCUCACUCAUACCCACAAAACCCUAACCCACUUCUCCAUUUCUUCUCUUUCUCUCACCUCUCUAAUGGGUCGGGAAACUUCUAUGCCGCCACUAACACCGGCACCCGCUGCUGCGGUAGCACCUGCAGGGACGAUGAAAACGACGGCUUUGGCACCUGGGUUUCGAUUUCACCCUACGGAUGAGGAGCUUGUCAGUUACUACUUGAAACGGAAGGUUUCUAAUAAACCUGUCCGUUUUAAUGCUAUUGCUGAGGUUGAUAUCUACAAGAACGAGCCUUGGGACCUUGCAGAUAAGUCAAGGUUGAAAAGCAGAGAUCAAGAAUGGUACUUUUUUAGUGCCUUGGACAGGAAGUAUGGGAAUGGAGCAAGAAUGAAUAGGGCCACAGGUAAAGGGUACUGGAAAGCCACUGGCAAGGACAGGGACGUCCGCCGGAACUCCCAAGUCAUAGCAAUGAAGAAAACGCUUGUAUUUCAUAGUGGCCGUGCCCCAGGGGGGCAGCGCACGAAUUGGGUUAUGCAUGAAUACCGGCUUGUUGAAGAAGAAUUGGAAAAAAUUGGACCAACGCAGAACGAUUCAUAUGUGCUGUGUAGAAUAUUUCACAAGAAUAAUAUAGGACCACCAAAUGGAAAUCGUUAUGCACCUUUUAUAGAGGAGGAGUGGGACGAUGGUGAGACAGCUCUUGUUCCAGGAGAGGAUGCUGUGGAUGAAUUGCCUGCUCAUGAUGCUUGUGCAAAAAUGAAUCGUGUUGAGCAGGAUACUCUUUCCAUCAACCGUGAUCCUCUUAAUAUCAAUGAACUUCCUAAGGACUCAGAAAAUAAUAAUGAGUUGCAAAGAGAUGAUUUACCAUUGUGUAAGACUGAAAGGGUGGAUGAUUGUCCUCCAUGUGUGCUUAAUACAGAGGCAUCCUUCCCCUUACUCCAAUAUAAAAGAAGAAAGCAUAACGGUGAUACAGUAUCGAACCAUUCAAACGCUUCGGAGAAUUCAACAAGGACAACUCAGGAUCCUUGCUCAUCUGCAACAUCAACAGCUGCAACAACAACUACAGACACAACAAUGACGACUGCUGCAGCAACAACGGCUAUAUCUGCAUUGUUGGAAUUUUCUCUAAUGGAAUCGAUCGAACUCAAAGAGGAUCCUCAUGUUCCUCCUCGUAGACUUGAUACUGCUAGUCUUGAUUCAUCAGUGCCGCCUAGCUGCAUGAAAAUUAUCUAUGAUUUGCAUCGUGAGAUCCGCAAGAUUUCUGUCGAGAGAGAAACAUUGAAGCUUGAAAUGAUGAGUGCACAAGCCAUGAUUAACAUUCUUCAAUCUCGAAUUGAUUUUCUCAACAAGGAAAAUGAGGAUUUAAAAAGGAGCAUCCAGUAUACAUAGAGACUACCUAUGAUACUGCAAUCUUAUCGUUAUCCUGGUGUACAAAUCGUGGGUGCCUGGUGCUGGUGCUGGUGCGGCCUGGCCUGUUCCCCUCUAGUCAAUAUGAUUCGAGGGUAUGUGAAAUUAGUACAUUACUGUUUUGUGUUUGUUUUAAUAAUUAAUGUUGUAGGAAUGUCAUAAUGUUGGAUUUUGUUCGUCUGUAAUGGUAAUUUUAAUACAUUCUGAACUUUCACCA